AUGCGCGCAAGGACACCAGAGACAAAUGAAAUAACAAAAAGAAUACUGACAGGAAAGGACCCGAUGUACAACCAUUUGCUCCUGUCCUCGGUAAAUGUUCUGGUUUUUAAGUACGAGGAAAAGUGGAUUAACACAGAAACCGAGGGAGUCAUACACAUAUACAAGAGAAGAGACGUGCCCUCCACGGCGAUUCUUAUUUUGAAUAGAAAAAGCCCAAGCGACUUCUACAUGCUUAUGGACAAGCACGUGCACAGUAUAGAAACCUACGAGAAAUUCAUUAUUAUAUCAAAAGCGUAUGGAAGAGAGAUGGAAAUUUUUGGGCUCUGGUUCUACGACUCCUACUCGUGCAUUGAGGCAGGGUUCAUUUUGGCGGACCAGCUGAGCCUUCUAAAAAAGUCUGGCGAGCUAAUGCAUCAGCUCAAGGAUGUGUAA